GGGGACACUUGUGAAACUCAUCCCAGAAGAGGUUUCAGCCACUUCCUCUGAGCUGGAAGCCUGGUUCCCUGUCUAGCCUGGCAGGGUUUGAGAGGGGAGAGAGGCCUCAUCCUCUCCUCACUUAGGCUCCCCUCUCCCUGUCCCAGGGUUCAUUCAUGUUCUUCUUCCCCUCCAGCUCACAUCCCUCUACUUCUGACCUUAGGAACUGGUGGUCAUUAACUGUGAGGCAGAGGUAAUCACAGGAUGCCAAACAGAACAAAUGAAAGAGGUCAGAAGGAGGAAUUGUGAUCUAUAUGUCUGUAUUGGGGGUGGGGGUUGUUUCAGAGGUAGGAGAUGCUGUUGACAGGUUUCUGUACUCCAGUACCUAAGACUAGGAAUUAGUGAGAAUCACCUACUCUAUGUUUAUCACUGCAUAACAGGAAAUGUGCUGCUUCAGUUAAACGGAAAAGAGCUGUGCUUUCUGAGGGCCAAACGCGCUCUACCUUCCCUCUACCAGCCUCAAGAUCCUUUCCAAUUUCACUCUCACUGGCACCAGUACUUUUUUUGAAUGUAUAACCUCUCCUCCUAUCUGUAAAUCUUCCAGGUAUCUGCAUUUGGCUUUAGGAGAGUAGGGCAGACAGCCUAGCUGGGAAUAAAUUGCACAGAACCAUCUCCCCAACCUAUCGGCAUAAAGAGACCAGUUUUCUGUCCUGAUAAUGUUCAGCAGUUUAAGAUCCUCUCCUGUUCCACCAGCCUCUCCAGCCUUGACCUAAUAUACAUGAUCAUGGGCUUGAGGAAGACUAGAAGGAAGCCAAAACUCGUAAAGGAACCCUGGGCUUGAAUUGCGGAAAGGGUUGGGGAUUGGGUUUACAAACAGAUGUGUCUGUGAAGCCACAGCGUGGCGCCAGAGUAAAGGCCACCGGAGAAUGCCUUACGGGCCCAGAAACUACACUUCCCAGGAGGCCUUGCCCUGACGCCGGGGCGGGGCUAUGUGAGGGGCAGAGUCUGACGGUAAACGUGUUUGGGGCUCUCCCAUGACUAGAUGGCGGGGCAGGUGAAAGACCGUGAGGCUUUCCAGAGGCUCAGCUUCCUGUACCAGGCCGCCCACUGCGUCCUUGCGCAGGACCCCGAGAACCAGGCGCUAUCGAGGUUCUACUGCCACACGGAGAGAACCAUUGCGAAGCGGCUCGUCUUGCGGCGGGACCCCUCGGUGAAGAGGACCCUCUGUCGUGGCUGCUCUUCCCUCCUCAUUCCAGGCCUGACCUGCACACAGCGCCAGAGACGCUGCAGGGGACAGCGCUGGACAGUACAGACCUGCCUAACAUGCCAGCGCAGCCAACGGUUUCUCAAUGAUCCUGAGCAUGUGCUCUGGGGAGACCGUCCUGAGGCCCUGCUAAGGAUCCAAGCAGAUCCCAAACCACCACAGCCCCUGUCAGACAAAGCCCACCUCGUUCCAGCCCACCUUCCUGAGGAAAAAAUGCAGCCGCUGAGCUCCAGUCACCAGUGACGGAUUCACUCUAUCUUCCAAAUAAAGUUAAUUGUGUUUCA